AUGACCUCCGUGUUCGUGUCCCUGCACACGCAGCUGUCCUCCGUCAUGGAGUCUCUGGUCCACGCCGCCGUGGCCCAGCUGAAGAAGCUGGUGGAGGACGGAGCGGACUUCUUACUCAGCCUGGAGGUCCGGGCCGGAGAGGAGCCGCCUCUGCCGGCCAGAGGGACGGCGGAGAGCCGGGAGAAGAUGGUGCUGUUUGCCUCCAUCAUGGAGACAUUGGGGAACGAAGCUCUGGGGAAGAUCAUGAACAUCGUGGAUGAAGUCCAGCAGCAGGGGGCGCUGCAGUUAACCAGGAGCGGCAGGAGACCUCAGACCAGCGUCCUCAACGUCCUCAACAAGGCACAAGUUGAGAUGGAACACUCGUACGGUCUCUGCCCACAAAACACCAACGCUGACAACGGAACUGUUCAGACUCCACUGAGGAUCAAACAGGAGAAAGAGAGGGCGGAGCCUCCAUUUGUGCCGGCGCUCACCGUCAAAGACGAGCACGGAAACAUCGACCUGAGAGCCAUCGCUGAACGAGCUCGUGUUGAAGCUGAUCCUCCUCUUCCUCCUCUGGAUCUUCAGCAGCAGGAAGUUUCCACUUCACCUGAGUUGGUUGUUCAGAGCGUCGCCUGGAAGUCCUUCACACCUCACGGUGACUCCAAGGCUCAACGCCGUGUCCACACGGGCGAGAAGCUGUUCACCUGCAGCUCCUGCGGCCGUGCCUUCCGCCUGAGGCGGAGCCUGCAGAACCACAUGCGCCUGCAUUCUGGCGAGCGGCCACACGAGUGCGCCGAGUGCGGCAAGUGUUUCGCCAAACAGGCGCAGCUGAAGACGCACGCCAUCGUCCACACGGGUGAGAAGCCGUACAGCUGCGAGCUCUGCGGCCGCCGCUUCAACCUGGUGCAGAACCUGCACCGCCACGCCCACACGCAUACCGGCGCCAAGUUGUUUGUGUGCAGCGUCUGCGGCAAAGGCUUCACCCGUGCCGUCACACUCAAGAGCCACGAGCUCAUCCACACCGGACAGAAGCCCUUCAAGUGCGAGGAGUGUCCCAAGACUUUCCGACACGCCGUCAACCUCAAGAACCACCAGCGGAUCCACAGCGGCGCGCGACCUUUCACCUGUGACCUCUGCGGGAAGAGCUUCCGCCAGUCGAUGAACCUGAAGAUCCACCGCCGCGUUCACACCGGCGAGCGGCCGUUCAGCUGCCGGGAGUGCGGCAAGACGUUCAGCCAGCAGAGCAGCCUGAUGGCACACGGACGCACGCACUCCGCCGACAGACCCUUCAGCUGCGGCUUCUGUGACAAGACGUUCAACAACGCUAACAGCCUGAAGCUGCACCAGCGCGUGCACACGGGCGAGAAGCCGUACGCCUGCGAAGUCUGCGGCAAGACCUUCAGUCAGGGCAGUCACCUGCGCACGCACACGCGCCACGUCCACGCCGGCGGCAAGCAGUACAUCUGCGACAAGUGCGGGAAGAGAUACUCGGACCAACGCAACCUGAAGCUGCACAAGUGCAGCUACGCGUGAACGCGGCGGUGAAGCGCGUCCGGUGCACGUCACGUGCGUCUGAACCUUCAGGAAAAAACAGUUUCAGGAGUUCAGAUUUUUUUUUUAGAGAGAAAAUGUAUUUUUUCAGCUUGGGGGCGGAGCAGUAAGUGCACUUGUGUUGCCAGUGUGGGUGGGGCUGCAUUUUUCAGUGAUGAACUUCAGCCAUUGCCAUGGACACGUCUCUGUCGCUGUCUUAACAUGAAUUCACAGUGAGUUUUCACAUGAAAACACUGUUGCUAGGUAACGGCAGCACCAGCUCACGCAUGCAUAUAAAAACAAAAAAAAUGUUUGCAAUAAAAAACUAAAAAACA